UGCAGACAAGCCAGAAAGCUUCAGAGGAUGAGGACUGAUGAAUACGAUAUGCUUCAAACUGAAGAAGGAGCAUUUCACAGCAAAGCAAGCGCAUAUUUCCAUCUUCCUCUGAAGUGGUCAGCAGCAUCCCUGCCCCAGACAUGUCUUUGGCGCAGCGAGUGCUUCUUACCUGGAUAUUCACCCUGGUUUUCCUCAUCAUGCUCGUCCUGAAGCUGGACGGGAAAAUCCACUGGAAUUGGUUUCUCAUAUUUCUCCCUGUAUGGACAUUUGACACUAUUCUCCUCCUCAUGAUAAUUGUUAAGAUGGUGGGCCGCUGCAAGCCUGGCUUUGAUCCACACAAUGCCACCCAGGACCUGAAGAAAAGGAUCUGGUAUAUGGUGGCCAUGCUCCUGAAGCUGGCCUUUUGCUUAACACUCUGUGCCAGACUUGAGAAUCUAACGGACAUAUACCUGUCAUUUGUUUUCGUCCCUCUCUGGGCACUGAUGAUUGGGGCCAUGGUUGAACUUGGCUACAAUGUCUUCCACUUCCGGAGGGAUUGAAAGACUCUGAAGUCCUGUGGCUUGUGAAAUUGAAGCCAAGAGGUUCAAGCAUUACAUUUCAUCACCUCUGCAUAGAAAGGUCUUUUUGACCACGAUGACCAAAACUGAAUCACAAAAAGAGAGGCGAGACUCCCAAAGCUUUUUAAAAGGGGACUGGUGGUGAUGAGGAUGUGUGGACUCAUCUCAGAAAGGUAAACAUAAGAUCAAAGAAAUUUGAAACCACAGAAGCUUUUUGACACACUCUAAAGGUCUUAUGUGCUGUGGAACUGAAUAUGUUUUUAACUUGCACAAGCGAUGCACUCACAUCCACACCCAAUGCCUAUGUUGUGAAGUAUGUCCUUGUCUCUUUGCCCUCCUCCCAACUGCCCUGUAUUAUCAGACUUGCUGUAAUACAUUGUCUUUGUUUCCAUAUACUACUAGUGGAGUUAGUUUGAGGGGAAACAAUUUUACCACUGCUGGACACUGGUACUAUUAAUAAGCAUAAUUAUAUUCAUGACUUUUCACCCUCAGAUGUCUUGCACCUAGUGCUUCUGCCCCUCUACCGUGGUGUCGCACACACAUUUAACCCCACCUGCCAUUUGGUUUACAGUUACUGAAAUGUUAUGUAAAAUGUUUUGACAUCCGGCAGACUGGUUGAACAUUUGAACUAUCCUAAUUUAUGAUAUGUUUGUUUUGUGUAUUGUGACUCCUCAAUAAAAUGUGUCCUUAUAUCAC